UUGAAAAAAGAGCAGUAACGGAAGUGGGUGGGCCUGGGAGGAGAGGGGGGUCGGAAGAGACCAUUGUGCCGGGGGGUCAUAGCCUGCCGUCUUGGCCCUUAGAGGGUGCGGAGAAGAAGGCUCCACCCUCCUGGGGGAUGGACAGGAGAACCAGGAAGAGUGGUUUGGGGGAAGCCGGAAAUCCUGGACCUGCUGUCUCUCCGCCUGCCCCUUGGUCGUCCUCCCUUCCCGGCAGCCCCGAUCGCUUUGUCUUCUGGAAGCCAGAACCGUUCUUGCAUCUCGCAGAGGGAGCCUGGAGCCAGAGGGAAUGGGCCCUGGGAGCCUCAGACCUCCUCAGGAGUGGGUGACGUUCAGGGAUGUGGCUGUGGACUUUACCCAGGAGGAGUGGGGCCUCUUGGACCCUCCCCAGAAGGAGAUGUACAGGGAGGUCAUGGUGGAGAAUGCUUGGCACCUGCUGUCCCUGGGGCUUCCAGUUCCUAGAGAAGAUGUGAUCUCUUAUUUUGAGCAAAGGGAAGUACCCUGGAUGCUGCACCCAGAAGGCCUGAGGAGCUGCCCUCCAGAAAAAGAGAUCAGACUUGAAAUGAAGGAACGUACUACAGAGCAAAGCCUUUCAGUGGUAGAAUCUCUCAAACCAAGAUUCAUUAGUAACAGUCCUGCUAACUUCACUUGGAAAGAUAUUCUUGAUACACUUAAGAAAAUACACAUUGGAGAGAAAUCUUAUAAAUAUAAUCGAAGUAGAAAGGCUUUCACAGAAAGUGGAACUCUUACUAGACAUUUACAGAGAAUUUACCCUGGAGAGAAACCUUAUGAAUGUAACCUGUGUGGAAAGGCUUUUGCAAAUCAGGGAGCUUUUACGGUACAUCAAAGGACCCACACUGGGGAGAAACCUUAUAAAUGUAAUCAAUGUGGAAAAACUUUUAGACAAAAUGGAGCUCUCACAGUACAUCACAGAAUUCAUACUGGAGAGAAACCUUAUAAAUGUAAUCAGUGUGGGAAGGCUUUUACACAAAUGGGACCUCUUACAGCACAUCAGAGAAUCCACACUGGAGAGAACCCUUAUGAAUGUAACCAGUGUGGAAAGGCUUUUACACAAAAGGGAACUCUUACUGCACAUCAGAGAAUCCAUACUGGAGAGAAACCUUAUAAAUGUAACCAGUGUGGAAAGGCUUUUCCAAAAAUGGGAGCUCUUAUUGGACAUCAGAGAAUCCACACUGGAGAGAAACCUUAUGAAUGUAAUCAAUGUGGAAAGACUUUCAAAUAUAAGCAUAGUGUUUCUGUACAUCAGAGAAUCCACACUGAAGGGAAACCUUAUGAAUGUAAUCAGUGUGGAAACAGUUUCACACAAAAGGUAACUCUUAUUGCACAUCAGAGAAUCCACACUGGAGACAACCCUUAUGAAUGUAAUCAAUGUGUAAAGGCUUUUACAAAUCAGAGAGCUCUUACUGCACAUCAGAGGAUCCACACUGGGGAGAAACCUUAUAAAUGUAAUCAGUGUGGAAAGACUUUUAGGAGAAAGGAAACUCUUAGUGUACAUCAGCGAAUCCACACUGAAGAGAAACCUUAUGAAUGUAACCAGUGUGGAAAGACUUUUAGACAAAGGGGAACUCUUACUAUCCAUCAGAGGAUCCAUACUGGGGAGAAACCUUAUAAAUGUAACCAGUGUGGAAAGACUUUUACAAGAAGGCAACCUCUUACUGACCAUCAGAGAAUUCAUACUGAAGAGAAACCUUAUGAAUGUAACCAGUGUGGAAAGGCUUUUAGAAAACGGGGAGCUCUUACUGUACACCAAAAGACUCACACCGGAGAGAAACCUCAUAAAUGUAACCAGUGUGGACAGGCCUUUAGAAAAAGGGCAUCUCUUACUGGACAUCAGAGAAUCCACACUGGAGAGAAACAUUAUGAAUAUAACUAGUGUGGAAAGGGUUUUAUUUAAAAAUCUGAUUGUUUUUUGCUAGUUCUGUGAUGAAAUGUAAAGGCAUUAAAAUAAGGAAGAAAAUGAGUUAGGGAUAAAAUACUGGGAGCAGGUUAUGUGGUGCUGAUACUUUUCUUAUUUAGCUUUGUCUUGCUAUAACACUGUAGGGAGGUUGAGGAAAGGCAAGUAAAAGUUGCCUUGGGAUAGCAGACAGCUUCUUGGGGAUAUUGGAGCCUUCCUUCUGGUCAUUUGCUUGAAAGGCAUCCCCAUGGAAUGGGAAUUUCCCUACUUUGGGAGUCAGAGGAAAUGGGUUGAAUUUAUGUUUUGUACCUCUAAGGCCUUGGGAAAGUAAUUUAACCUUCACUAUGUCCAUUCAGGUUAGGGUUGGGUUUCUUCAGCUCUAAAUCUCUUGAGAAGAUCAAGAGGAGCUUGAAGAUGAACCUUAUCACUUAAUGCCACAUAUUCUUGUGUCCUCAGGUUCAGAUUAGAGAUAAUAAUUCAGGUGACAUCACUAAGCUUUCUGGGUAUGAUUGGCUGAAGAAUCAGGAAGAUAUGGGAAAUUCUCAAGCUAGAGCUUUGUUGAAGGAGGAAACUUGUGCACCAUUUCUAAAUAAAUAACUGUAACUUGUGAAAUAGAUUUCUUGCCACAUUCAGGCAAAAAUAUGUUUUAUUAAGAUGCUUUAAGAAUGAAAGGUUUCCACUCUGAAGUUUUAGCUUAUAUCCAUAAAAUUGAUAGAGAUGACCCCAAAAGCUGAAAAUAGUGUAUGUGUGAGCUAUAGAAUUAGAGGCACAAUAAUAUAAUUAAUGUAGCUAUGAAUUGGUCCAACUGUUGUGAAAAGCUGUUUUCUAUUAGGAUUUAUUGAAAUUUGAUGAAAUGUUCAGACUUUAUGACAUAGAGACUUGACUGCAAGGCUUGAACUCUAAGGAAUGAGGGAAGCAAAGGUUCUAGCUAUACUAAAAUAAUCAUUGCAAUGGCUUUUUUGUUAUGCUUUUUUUUUUUUGGUAGCAAAAUGAAAUGUAGGUGUUGUUUGAUUGGAGAAUGUCUAAACAAAUUGUGGUGGUGAACAUAUUUGAAUGAUGUGACAUAAAUAACUGGAUAGGAAGAAUUCAGAGAAACCUGGGAAUAUGGAAAUUAAUGGAGAUGGAUUGAAGGGAGCAAAACCCAACAUCAGUGACUCUCUCAAAUACCAGUGAUCUCUUCAAUUUGAACCAUGCAACCAUGGAGAUGAAUGUCUGUGUCUAUCCUAUGUAUUUCUUGCCUAUGCUUUGCAUAAAUUCACAGAGGAUCCAGUACGACAGAGUCCUUCCUUUCUCCUACCAUCUGAAGGGCGCUUGUUCUGGCUUAUUCACCUAUCAGUGCUCUUCCUUCCCGUGUGUCCACCUCAUCUUCCCUUGUUGUACAAUUCUUUCAUAUAAAGUAUGAACAAUGUCAAUUAUCCCAACAGAGGACACCAAGAAAUUUCACAAAAUGCUUUGAUCAGCAUAUGACUCCCUUGACAAUUGGAGUGGCAACUGUCAAAGAUGAUACCAAUCUCUUUGUGCUAUCAAUGGACAAACACAACUCUGAGAUCCUGGAAUCUGUCAUUCUCAAUAGGUUUAUACAUUAGGCAGAAAUGGGGCCCCUCACAGUUGUCUGGAUCUAUCUUUUGCACCUGGGCUGACUGAUGGACUGAGUGAGGCUGGUGGCUUUGCAGAGUUCUGCCUCACAUAAAUCCAACUCACUUGUAAAGGAAGACAUGAGCCUCUGAUGGCAUCAGGGCUCUUUGAGAACAAAGAUUUCAGAAAAACCUGGUAAGGCUUACAAGAACUGAUGUUGAAACCACAAGAACAUUGUGCACAGUAACAGCACUGUUGUGGAGAUGAUCAGCCUUGAUAGACUUUGUUAUUCUAAGCAAAACAGUGAUCUGAGACAAUUCCAAAAGAUCCAUGUUACAAAACGCUGUCCAGAGGAAGAACUAUAGAGUCUGAAUGUAGCAAAAACAUAUUUUCCCUUUGAUUCCCCCCCCAUUUUCCCUUUAACUUUUUUUUGUUAUGAUUCCUCUUUCACACUAUGAUUAAUGUGAAAAUAUGCUUAACAUGGUUGUUAACCUAUAUUAGAUUGCUUGUUUUCUUGGGCAAGGACAGGGAAUAGGAAGAGGGUGAGAAAUUUGGAACAUAAAUCUUACAAAAAUGAGUGUUGAAUAUUAUCUGUACAUGUGAUUGCAAAAAUAGAUAAAUGUGGGGAGGGUAAGGAAUAAUACCAUCUUAAAUGAGAAAUGAGGGUUGAGAGAUCCCCUGAUAGCAAUGGAGUCCCUUGGCCAGUCUGCAGGCUUUGGGAAAGAAUUUGCAAACCCCAAUGAAUACAGGCUUGAAUUUGUUGGCAAGAAUGGGUUUAUUUACACUGAGAAUUCCAAAUCCUUUAUUGUCUCCUUCAAAGUCUUGUUUCCUUCACUUGGGGCUCGGCUAGUUUUUCUGGAGGCUUAUCUCUUUCCUUGGUUCCAAGAGCUUCUUCUCCUUCCUGCCUUCUCUGGCUUCUGAAUCUCCCUGAAUGACUCCUGACUGAGGCUCUGACAGCUUCUAGUGCGCUUGUCUUUUCUGGCCCUGAGAGCUCCUCCUUAUAUGUUCCACACUGAGUAUACACCAAUCAUUAUAUCACUAGGAAACCAUCAUUUGUUGUAGAAUUAAAUCAGUGGUAAACUAGAUUUAACUACUGUCUCCUCAAUUCCACUUAGUACCUUGUUUCAAGGUCUGACCCAUAACAUCUCCUUGUAGGAUUAAAUCAAUCAUACUGAACCAUGCUAAAUUAAAUGACUAUUGUUUCUAUCAAUUCUACUGACUUUGCACCUUGUUUCAAGUUCUGGCCCAUAACACAAUCCUUCUUGGGAUUUGUGAAACUCUAAUGGGGGAAACAACCAAUAGUGAAGCAUACUGUCCACUUCCAAAUAAAAAGAUGAUGAAUUCCUGUUGGAAGCCCAUAUUUCCAGAUCUGGGAAAUGCCAUGCCUUUUCUUUAAAUUGUGUUUAUUAGAAUGAUUUUAACUUUAUUUUAGUGAACAAAGGGAUCUGAAGAUAAUUUUUUCCAAUAAUAUUCUAUUUUGCCAAAUACUUGUAAAAACAAAUUUCAACAUUCAUUUUUAUAAAAAUUUUAUGCUCUGAAUUUUUCUCCCUUCCUUACUCCCCCUCCCCCUUCUCUAAACAGCAAGAAAGGUGAAAAAACUAUCCUUCAUCCAUAUUCAGUCUCCAUAGUUCUCUCUCUGGAUGUGAAAGGUGUGUGAAACUGUAUUCCCUUUAAAAUUAUCACUGUGAAAUUUGUUCCCUUUAAUCUGUAAAAGGGAGUCUUCAGCUCUCCUUGGAAAGCAUAUCUUCCUUCUCCUCCAUCCACCCCCAUCCCUGUCCUCAGAUAAGUUUAGAAUAGAAAUUUUGGUCAAAAAGCACUGUUUUGGUCUUUUGGGGAUUCCAGGCCCUUGAAUUCCAUUUGGAGAUCUGGCCAGAUACCGAUAAGCAUCUAAGUCUGGGGACUUCAGAUUUCUGAAAUCUGAAGUCUCAAGACUCCCUUUAAAGGGCUGCUUCUGAACUCAUUCUUUGCAGAUAGUCUAAAGCACCUUGCUCAGCUUUCUACAAUCUUGCUGGCUGAGAAGGCAGUCUCUUCUUGGUGUCAGCUUCUAUUUCCCUAAUAGGACUUUGCCACUAAAAAAGUCUGUCUCAGCAAACCAGGCCUCCUAUUCAACAAUAAAUGUUCAUUUUUGCCAAUUAAUAUUUCAGGAGAAGUGAAUUCAUUCACUUUGAACCAGCACCGAACAGAAUGGUUCCCACAAUAAUCUGCCAGCACCAAACCUUAUCAGAAGCAAUUGGCAGUUUCUAUCCCAAGUCUCUUGAAAUUGUCUUGAAUUGCCACAUUUUUGAGAAGAGCCACAUCCAUCACAGUUAAUCCCAAGUACACAGGUUAAGUCAGGUCCAAAACUUGAUUGGGGAUAUUCAAUGGCUUAACUUCCGAGCUUAUAUACCCAACACUCUGAUGUUUCCUCUGUAUAAAAUGUUAGACGGUGAUCCUUGGUUAGAUUCUAGCAGGACAUGGAAUCCUAAAGCCCUUGACAGCAUAAAGUAGAUAAUACAAAUAACAGCAAAAGCAAGCACUUAGUACUUCCACAAAAAAAAGGCUACAUGGCUCUGUUAUUUUAGCCCCUGUACAACCUCUAAGAGUUAUACAUCAAAACAAUGACAUUUAUGAAUGCUUAUAUAUUUCAAAGUCAAAAAGGUCACUAGAACUGUGCUUAAACUUGACAGCUGAAAUGGCAAGGAAAACAUUGCUCAGACUUGUCCAAUUAACAGGAGAAACAGGAUUAACAUAGAAAAGGAUAAGUUAGGUUGAUAGCUACUCAAGAAACCUGUACCACUUUGUUUGGGUAGGAGAAGCAAAAGCAGGAAAAAUCCUGUCCCAGUUGCCAUUCUAUGAACAGUGGCUAUGGAUAUUUCUCAUGCAAAAAAAAGAGAAAUCCAUCAAUAUUAUUUCAGACACUAUGCAGAUGAGGUGUCCAGAGAACAGUGACAGCAUAUACAAAGGCUAUUUCGGGAGGGACAGAGGUGAUUUUAAUGAGAGUCCAUCCUGUUAGGAGUUCAAAUGUUGGAGUUCUUGUUUUUCUCAAUACACAGCAGGUUUAGCUUAGAGCCCUCCGAAUGUCUCCAAAUCCAAGGGUUUUGUCCUUUAGCCUCCAACCAGCACAGAGAUGGAAUGAAUCUCUUGUCUCCUUCACUUGGGGCUCGGCUAGCUUUCUGGUGAGUCUUUAAGACCAGCUUGGUCUCAGUGGGGGAAGUGCAGGAGCCCAGCCACCAACUACAGUGGUGUGAGAUGAAGAUGAAUCUGGUUGUCCACUGAACUCUCCACUUGUAGCUUUAUCCUCUGAAAACUCUUCGUCUGCCACCAGCCAGCCAAGUGGAAUAUAUUCUGCCUCGCCUCGGAGAGAGGGCUUCUGGCGUAAUUCCGCUGAAAUCUGUCAAAGUGCUCUCUGUCUGCGCCAGAGUCGCUCCUCUCCAGUCCAACUGAACUCUCCUCUGCGACCAGCCAGCCAAGUGGAAAAUGUAUUCUGGAAUAGCUCUCUCUCCUCAUUGGCCUUAUAUGUGAAUCUUCUGAGAGAAUGGGAUUAUGGGUUUUCUCCCAUAGUGCUCUCUGGCCCAAAGAGCUUUAAGGGAGGUGUGAACACAAAGGUGUAAACACAAGCAUUGUACUAAUUAGUUCUACUUAGUACCUUGUUUCAGGUUCUGGCCAAAAUCUUCUUGUAAGAUUAGAUCAACUCUAAUUAGUUAGCAGUUUGUAAGGAUUCCAACACCAUCCUUUUUAUAUUCUGCAUAUUCAUUCUCAUACAAAUGGACGGGACCUAUUUUUGAAGGGAACAAAAUAGUGCAUGGUCUGCUUACACAAGGUAUCCUCCUUCAUUCUCUAGAACAAGCAAUAAAGCCUCAUGAACAUCUACAUCUAUCUGCCAGAUCUCUCCAGAGAUUGUAUGGGGUUUCCCAGCAAGAAGCAGCAAGCAUAGUAAAAAGAUGUGCAGCUUGUGUACCAUAUUCUCAAAGACCUGUAGGGCUGGGGACUAAUGCUAGAGGUGACAGGCCAAAAGAUACAUGGCAAAUGAAUGUUACACAUUUGGGAAAAACAUAUAUCUAUGUUACAAUUGACACUUAUUCAGGCUUUGUAUUUGCGUCUUCUCAAUGAGGGGAAGCUGCUUCAUAUGUAAUAAAUCACCUAUUUUACUGUUUUGCCUCUAUGGGCAUCCCACACACCAUUAAGACUGAUAAUGGACCCUCAUAUAGCCCAAACAUAUUAAAACAGUUUUUACAGGAAUUCUCUAUACAUCAUAUUUUUGGGAUUUACAACCCCACAGGACACACCAUUGUAGAAAAGACUAAUCAGAGUCUCAAGAGAUUUAUCAGAAAACAAAAACAGGGAGAUGGAAGUAGGGUCACUCAGAAAGAUAAAGCAGUGUACACAAAUUUGGUUCAAGUGAUUUACUCUCUUAUGAUUAUGAAAUACUCUCUGGUAAACAGGGACAAAGAUUCCAUAAAAGAUAAUACUUUUGCUUCCUCAAGGCCCCCUAAAAAUGAGACCAUAGUAAUUUAAAAGAAUCCUGAAGGAUGGGGGGACCCUAUAGGGUUCUAAUUUGGAGACCAGGAUAUGCUUGUAUCUUUACAGGACAAAACCUUCAGUAGUGGAUCCCCACCAGACAUCUCAAAGUUGUCCGCAGAACAGAAGAGAAAAAAAGAGGCAAUUGUCCAACAGGAGGAGAAGACGGGCCCUCAAGAUCACUACCAAGAUGCUUUCUAUAUAUAUGGGUUUGUGUUACACACAAUCAGGACAAACAGUAGAGGUCAAAAGGUGGGCUGGACCCACCAUGGCCUAGGAUUGUCUCAUGGGGGGUGGGGUAUCAUGUGACACAUGCUGGACAUACAGGGGAUGCCCUGUCAUAACGACACCCUCAAAUGCUCGGGAGCAUUGCAGCAGUGUGUCUACAUCAUCAGGCUGGCCCCUCAUAAGCCUCCAUAGGACUCAUUCUGGUCACUCAAGAACUGGGCCGGCAGUUGGCACAUGGAAAAACAAGUUGGUCCCGGGUUCUUGGACAAAUGCACGAGAAUUGAAUACCAGUUCUGCACUAAAGUCUGUGGGAGGGAAAUAUGUGCUCAUGUGGAGAGACUUUGUAACUGUUACCAAGGAAACAUUAGGUUUUUACAAUGUUACUUGUUAGACUUGUACAGUCAGUGAUUGCUUGGAUACUGAAAUUGAAAAUCAGGUUGUGUUUGUGGUCACUAGAGCUCAUGUGUCAAUGUUUCCUGUCAAAAGCGAGAAAUUUAUCAUACUAAGACUGAUCAUAUGUUCAAUACCACAAUACAAAAGAAGGAAACAUCUCAGUCCCAUUAGAAAAAAGAGAUGUGUCGGCUGGGUCAUAUUAGGUAUUACUAUAUUGGUUAUAUUCUUAUACUUUCAUCAGUCUCUCUUGCAAUGUCCAUAUCUAAUAUACAAAACAGUGUACUACAAGCUAGAUAGAGGAACUAGCUAGGAAUGGCUCAACAGGUUUUGCCCGAUAAGCUAAGAUAGAUGAACAAUUGUAUCAGUUGAUAAAAGACAUAAGAGAAGUAUCAUUGGAAAUAGGAACAGAAGUAGAGUUAUUGAAACUCCAGGAUCAAUGACAAUGUGACUACAGAUAUACAAAGGAUUGUGUAACCCCUUUGUUAUAUAAUCAUACAAGACAAGAUUAUGAUUGGGACAAUAUCUAGAGGCAUUUGAAUGGUUUAUUUCUCAACAACACAAUUGAAGGUGAUGUAGAAAGUUUAUAUAAACUAGCAUUUGAGAAACUAGUUUAUAUAAACUAGCAUAGAGAAAGCUUCUCAUAAAGAUUUGAAUCCACAUAAAACUGCUGAAAACACCAUACGUUGGCUUGAUAAUACUUCUUAUGGUGAUUAAAAUAAGAGUUGUGGAUUGCUCUGUGUGUUGUUAUGUGGGUUACGGCUUUGUUGUUGCCCUGUAAUAUUAGGAUGUCUUUAUAGAUCUUUCUUCACCAUUCUUUCAGAGAUAGCAGCUCAAGAAAGGAUUUUUUUAAUCUAACAGGUAAAAAGGGGGAAUUGCUAGGGUAGGGGAUCCUGCCAGAAGGGAGUACAGAGGCCACCUCGACCUUUGGUGCACAAUAAAUUUUCUGCCAUGUUUCAGAAAUGCCCUUGUUGAGCAAGGAGCAGUGAUGCAUGACAUGGGAAAGGGAUCAGCCUGAGGAUCACAGCAUAGUUGCUGUGCCUUGAUAUGGACUCUCACCUGUGAGCGAGUUGCUGAUGUGGCUGCAUUGGCUCUCCUCCCAUUGGCAGAUACCUUACAUAUGCAAAAUCCAUGAGCUCCUCCUCUGAAUGGUGAUUGGGGAUUGCCUACUGUUCGUGCACUGAUCAUGUAAAAAUGUAUGGCAUAAUAAACUGGAGCUCUUUUCACUCCC